AUGCCUUCAAAAACAUCCACCUCGACAUCAACUAGGCUCCAAGCCGAAAAACAAAAAUACUACCUCAUCACCGACGACCACCAUCACCAUACCACGAGCUCGUCCAAAAACACAGAUCUCCACGCGCAGGAACUCUGGAAGGAGCCGUAUACCAUUGACGAUGCGGAUUUGAUGUUUGAUGGCAAGCCGCUGAAUAUGCUGUAUGAGGAGAACAGGUGGCAGGCGGAGCAUCACGUGGUGUAUAAUGAUCAGUUUUCCCGCGGUCGCAGUCGCCAGAGCAAACACUGA